AUGUUCCCGAGAUUGAUUCAGCCCCGUGAGGCCCUUUUAAGCCCGGAGAGCAUCCAGGUCACGGGGUACGGUCAACGCGUUGGUGGGGACCCGUGCUUGGUCCUUACAUCCGACCCUAAGCCCAGGCUCCGGUGGACGGCUGACCUCCAUGAGCGGUUUGUCGACGCCGUUACCCAGCUUGGUGGACCCAGCAAAGCGACUCCAAAAGCUAUAUUGCGCACGAUGGGAGUUAAGGGAUUAACUCUGUUUCACUUGAAGAGUCAUCUGCAGAAAUACAGACUCGGCAAGCAAUCUGGGAAAGAACUUGGUGAGGCUUCGAAAGAUGGCGCAUACCUUAUGGAUAGCCCUCGUGCAAGCCAUUCUCAGAACUUACAAGCAUCUGAUGUGAAUGAGGGUUAUGAAGUCAAGGAGGCUUUGAGAGUGCAAAUGGAGGUUCAAAGCAAGCUACACUUGCAAGUUGAAGCAGAAAAACAUUUACAGAUCCGCCAAGAUGCUGAGAAAAGAUACAUGGCCAUGCUUGAACGAGCCUGCAAGAUGCUUGCCGAUCAAAUCCUUGGGUCCCCUUAUGCCACCACCGAUGGGGAUGGCAACUUAGGAAAUGGGUCAAAGGCCCUGCCCAAUAGUUCCCCCAACCCACAAAUAUCAUCAUACCCAGACCAAUCUGCAGCAGGCCCAUUAGUAGCCCCUGCUCCUAGCACAGUGGAAAUCCCUCCAAAUCUUCAUCAGCAACCAGCCGACUGCUCGACUGAGAGCUGCCUCACGUCCCAUGAGAGCCCAGUGGGUUUACCUUCCUCACCCGGCGUGAAGAGGGCCAUGCUGAACAUGGACCCCACAAAUGCCUCGUUUGUGUGGGGUGAGUCGGAUGUGUACACCCCUAACCUACCCAUGGUACAAGUUGGCCGUGAACAUGUUUUUAAUUGA